AAAUUCGUGGCUUUAUUUUGUUCAAACUGACCGCCGGGCAAGAUUUAAUUUAAAUCCAGUUUAAAUCCUGCUCUAAAUCGACUGGUUGAUUCGCAGGAUUUAGGUUAAGUUCUUAAAUCCUGCUCAAAGCCUGCUUCGAACCAGUAGUUUACUUAUCCCACAAAUCUCCGGUCCGCCUCCCGACAAGAAGCUAGGAAGUCGUAAUGGGAGUUUGCUGGAGAAGGUGCAACGGGCUCCUGCCGGAGAGGACGUCAACAGCAGUAACGACGUGCGAAAGAACCUGAUAUUGUUUGAAACGAACCCCUUCAAGCUUCUCAAGGGGGUGUUUGGCGGAGACGCUGUUAACUUUGAUAGAUUAGUCACAUAUCUGAGAUGGCAAGUAAAACAGAUGGACCUCAGGCAGAUGGGGAAUGUUCUUAUAACAGUAGUUUCGGCCGAACAUUCAAAUACCUCAUGGCAACUCAGUUUUUGUCAAGAUUAAUUCCAUUUGUUUUCAAUACGUGGAUUGUGAGACACCUAACUGAAGCUGACUAUGCGCUUUAUGCAGUAAAGUUUCAUCUUUUAACUACAUGUAUCCUGUUUCUAAGUCGGGAGGGCUUUCGCCGUGCUUGCAUGCGAAUAGAUAUAAAAUGUGUUGGAAGAAUGGAUGAAAAUGUAACAAGGUUGCUGAAAGUGGCCUGGCUGACUAUUCCUUUUGGCUUCCUUUUUGCUUCUGCUCUAUGCAGCCUUUUCUUCUGGAUUGAGAAGCUUUCUUUUCAGGAUGCUAUUUCCGAUCCAAUUGCAUUGGCCAUACUGAUAAAUGGAAUUGCUUGUCUAUUGGAGCUAUUGGGAGAGCCAUUGUAUAUACUUUCACAGAAUCUACUACUUCUAAGAUUAAGGUUGAUGAUUGAAACUGUUGCAACUAUUGUUCGAUGUGUGACGACUUGCACUCUAAUGUUCCGAAGCACAUUCACGGAAAUGGCAAUCAUUUUUGCUGUCUCCCAGGCUUCAUAUGGUGCUUGCGUAGCUUUGGGAUAUUGGAUUUAUUUCCUUUCAUUUCGGAUUGUAAGAAGCAGUUAUCUAUUCCCUUUUAGGUUAUGCAACAAUCUUGAAUAUGAUAAACAGUUGCGUUACAUGUGCCUUUUACUUACUGGUCAAGCUUCAUGGAAAUUGUUACUUCAGGAAGGAGAAAAGAUGGUACUUAUGUGGUUUGAUUCAUCUUACAAUCAAGCUAUCUAUGGCCUAGUGGACAAAUUAGGAGGCUUAGUUGCUAGAUUGGUUUUUAAUCCUUUCGAGGAAAGCUCAUAUGCCACGUUUGCAAAGGUGGCAUCAGGAGACUCCCCCCAAAAGAUCACUGUGUUAGCAAAUUCAUUAACAGAUGCAUUGAAGCUUGUAUCAUUGAUUGGUCUUGUAGCCAUUGCUUUUGGCCCAAGUUACUCAUAUUGUCUCAUGAGACUACUUUAUGGAAAGAAAUGGAGUGAUGGACAAGCUUCAACUUUGCUGAGCUACUAUUGCUUUUAUAUCAUUACUUUAGCCACAAAUGGUACAUCCGAAGCAUUUUUGCAUGCUGUUGCCAAUGAAAGUCAAUUAAUACAAUCAAAUUUUUCAUUGUUCCUUUUUUCUGGAAUAUAUAUUAUACUCAAUAUUAUUUUGGUGGGGUCUGCUGGAGCUUUUGGUCUAAUUGUCGCCAAUUCUAUAAAUAUGAUUUUGAGAAUUACAUACUCUGCAGUAUUUAUAAGUCGUUUCUUCAAGGGAUCUUCAUUUUCCUUUCUUCAAAGCUUGCCAUCAGGCUGGAUAGUAUUGCUUCUUUCUGGUGCCGUAACACUCGUCUCUGAGAGAAUGGUUCUAGACCGGGAAAACUUCUGGCAUUCUUUUCUGAUUCAUCUUUCUAUUGGCGUCUUGUGCUUCUGCAUCUCUGCCAUGGUCAUGAACCGCUUGACUCUCUGAAUGUCCUUUAUGGAGAAAGGAUUGAAUCCCUCGCCCAAACUCAUGGUCUGAAAAAAAAAUGUUUGCAGUCCUCGGGAUCAAGUAGCGCCGCCUGUGGGGUGAGCCAAAGAAGAAAUGUGUGUCAUCUGACUCAAUUUGAGUGGUCUCAGAAAGCAGUUGAGCUAGUGCUAGAGAGGAGUUGAUGGUUCAACGUUGGUCUGUCAGUUAAGAAUAAAAUCAUGUCACGAUCUCGGGUCGGCAAGCUAAUUGGGUUGCUCCAGAAGCUAUUGGUACCACCCAUCGGUCGAUCGAGUUACAAAGAGAGAAUGAAAGGAACUGUCGGUGAUCUCUCGCCACUGAAUGAGGGUGGAGUCUAGGUCUCUCGAUUCAAGAUGGACAGAAUUUUGAGUGCGAGUGUUUUUUCUUGUUUUAUGACUUUCAUAUUUUCUUUUUGUCUUCUUUCUUGUAUUUGUCUUUUGCAACAGUUGAGGACGUACGAUUCAAAAGCUUACCCUUUAUUGGUGCCGACAAAAACCUAACUGCGACAUUUGAUUCAACACAGGAAGCUCCAGCCGAGAGCGAAGAGAACAUGGUCAGCCACCUGACCAGCCCUAUUGAGACCCACUAUGGAAUGACCAAGGGGGUAUGAUGUCUCGAGGAUGCUGGCUCGCCUCUUGGAUGAAUUGGAGAUUUCUCUAGCUUGGAUAGUGAAGGUUUGGCGAGAGGAGGAUCUACGUGAGAUGUUAGUUCUUCUGGAGAAGUGCUGGGGGAAAUGUUGGCCCUCUGUUGGGAGAUGUUUGAAAUCAAGGAAGAGGCCUUCAUCUAGAGGGCCCACGUUGAGGCAAAUCGGGCGGGUCUUUUCAAACAUAGGUGGCAGAAGCUGUAUAAGAUGUUUCUUAGGAAAGAUUUUGUCUCUUCCAAGGCGGCCAAAAACCAAUUUGUAAAUACCUUUCGUCAGACUAGAGUCCAAAUGUAACCUUUUUUGUAUUUUUAGAAUAAAUUUUAUUUUAUGUUUCUCAAAUUAUGUGUUGACGUGAUCUUUCUUCUUCGAAAUUGACGUGCUUCUGUUGUGUCCCUAUAAAUAAGGGGUGAGUGGUUUUUUUGCGCUUGCGCUAUGGACUUUGUAUUUCUUCUGUUCAACUUCUUCCUUUCGUUUGCUGAUGACCCCAAAGCAUACUCUACAAAACUUCAUGUGAGUAGUUUCGACUGAGCGGUCGAUUUUGUCUUCUUUGGAAGCGGCAUUGUUGGAGGAGGUUUUCAUGUUUGACCUGACCAUAAAGCUCUAAGUUGUUCACCAAGAUGAGAGGGCAACAUAUUGAUUUGGUGACAACUUUGACAUAUACUGAGAUCAACUGUAGUAUGGCUUGAGGCUGCCCCUUUGUUACAAGCUUCGGGCGGUUUUUAGCCAAUAUGGAGUUAUUCUGGCUUAAAUGAAGCAUAACUCUGUCGCAGUUAUUACGACGUGUUCUUCUGUCGACUUAUUCGGAUUCUCUAGUCAACAAACCUAUUU